AUGCCGACCGACGCCCCCGGCCCGCCCCCUGGCACCCCCGGCGCGCCGCCCCUGGCGCCCGCCAGCGUCGAGCUGUUUGACCGGGCGUUGACCGGCAUGCUGGCGCGCGUGGGCGACCGCAACCGCCUGGUGCAGCAGUCAGCGUGCAGCGCCCUCGCGGUUAUGGAGGAGCACGCAGCUGCCGCCACCAACGGCAAGGCGCUGCUGCCGCACCUGCCGUCCAUCCUGGACACACUCGCUGCGGGGCUGCAGCACUACGGGCGCCGCACGCUGCGCGUGCUGCUCGACGCGCUCAGCACGCUCGCGGGGGUGGUGGGGCCCGCACUCGGCGACCCUGCGCUGGCGCAGCGCUUCAUGCCGCAGCUGUUUGACCGCUGGUCGCGCCAGGGCCUCGCGGCGCCCGAGUCCGCGCCCGUGAUGGAGGCGUUCAGCGCGCUGGCAGUGGCGAUGCGCGGGGGCUUCGAGGCGUUCGCCAAGCCGGUGUUUGAGGGGGCCAUGCAGGUCGUGCUCCUCAUGCAGGAGGCCAAGGCUGCACAGGCCGCCGGCCAGCCGCCGCCGCAGGGCGUGCCCUACGAGCCGGACACGUACAUGGCGGCGCUGGACCUGAUAGCAGGCCUGUGCGACGCCCUGCGCGCGGGCGCGGAGCCGCUGGUCGCCGCGUCGCGCCUGGUGGCCGCGCUGCCGGACGCGUGCAGGGACGAGGCGCCGGACGUUCGGCAGAGCGCGUUUGCGCUCAUGGGGGACCUCGCCAGGGGCUGCCCAAGCCACCUGCUGCCGGCCCUGCCGCAGUGGGUGGGCCUCGCGCUUUCGCAGCUCGACGCGCCCGCCCUGAACGAGAAGGCAAUGCCCGCCGCCAACAACGCCGCCUGGGCGCUCGGCGAGCUGCUCUGCCGCGCGCCGCCGGACGCCGCCGCCGCCGCCGCCGAGCGCGUGAGCGCGGCGAUGCACUUCAUCCUCUCCGGCGGCGUGCGCGUGACGCACGGGCUCAAGGAGAACGCGGCCAUCACCCUCGGCCGCGCCGCGGCGGCCGCGCCGGGCGCGCUGGCGCCGCACCUGGCGCACUUUCUGAGCCCGUGGUGUGGCGCGCUGCGCGGGGUGCGGGACGAGGUGGAGAAGGAGGAUGCGUUCCGGGGGCUGUGCAGGCUGGUGCCGCUCAACGUGGAGGCGGCGUGGCAGUCGUUCCCGCAGCUAGCAGCGGCCUUCGCCAGCUGGCGGCACAUAGCGGACCAGCAGCUGCGCGCGGACAUGACGAGCAUCAUGCAGAGCUUCAAGGCGGCGUACGCGGCGCAGUGGGGGGAGAUGGAGCGGCGGUUAGAACCCCAGCUGGUCAUGCGGCUGCGGGAAAUGUACGGGGUGUAA